AAAGCUCCCCAGUCUCCGUCAACGUCGGCCAGUACGUCGUCGUGCGUUGACCCGAUCUGUGAAUUUGUACGGAUUUCACCCGUCUUUACCCUCGGAUUAACAAUAUUACAAUCGGUACGCGACUUCAGUUGGUCCCGGAAAAUUCGUGGAAAAACAGUACAAAAAGACUCUAGUUUUUCACGGGAUAUUCCACCAGGAAGCAGCGAAAAUGUGAAUGAAUUUACCCGGAAACCAUCCAACUGCCGAUUUUUGUGGAAUUUUAAUUGAAUCGGUGGCUAAAUGAUGCGGUUAAUGGGAAUGGAAAUCGAGGGGUUGGAAUAGUCGCACUUAGGAGUGAGUAGUUUCCCGAGUGAUUUAACUCCUGGGGGUGAGUGGGCAAUGAACUUUACCGAUGCACCGGAGAUACAAACCAGCAAUUUAUGGAUUGACUUCUGGUUGACUGGAGAAAAUCGAGAGAAAAAUCCAGCGAACGAAUAACCCCGACACCAUGAGAGUCUGGGAGAAUUGAAUACACAAGUGUCAAGUGAAAAAACUUUUUUUAUUGUUUAUUACUUUGGAUUUGAUAACGGGAAUUCUACCCUCGGAUUUUUCUCUGUACUUCGAGGAAACAUGGCGAGUCGCAUGAAAGCACUUUACAAUCAAAUAAUAUUUGAGAGGCGAGUACUUCUGGGAUGUACUCUCCUGGUCGGCCUGUCAGCGUCCAUCUGGGCAAUAGCAAUUUGCACCGAUCACUGGUACAGCGUGGAAUACCCCCACAACACCACUGACGUACAAAAAAUCAGGAACCAGGGGCUCUGGAGGUCCUGCGAGAGUGGAGUAAAUCGAGAAACAUUAGGUUAUUACUAUAAUUGCAGCUAUAGAGACAUGUUUCCAAGUGAAAACGCCAUAAAUAUGGAGGACUUUGACGAAACUGUGCUCAGUUAUGCGAGAACACAGGGCUCCUUCGCCAUCAUCUGCCUGAUGAUCAUGAUUAUGGGAUUUUCAUUCUCAAUUUAUACAUUUCGAAAUCCUAGAUACAUGUUCAAGAGAUUGGCCGGGGGAAUUCACUUCAUUAGUGGCGCCUGUGGAAUGGUGGUAAUUCAAGUGAUCGUAUCUUCGAUGGAGUACGAGAUGAAGAAUCUACCUGAAAAAUUUCCACAGGGUGCAAGUAUGCAUUACGGGUAUUCCCUCAUUCUCGCCUGGUUCGUCUGUAUGGGGAACCUCCUAGCCGGCUGUGCCUUCCUCCUCUUCUCGAAGAAACGUAAACGCGAUAAAGCACCCACCGAAGAGAUAGCGAUGGCCGAUGAACCGACAAUAAUCGGUCGUUGAUAACGAUUUGUCCACCACUCACCUCUCCAAAAUUACGAUUUUCCACAAUAAUAAAAAAAAUCGAAUUGAAUUCCCUCCCAAUCGUAACGAGAAGUGGAAUUUCAAAACAUGAAAAAGAGUUACCGAUUAAUGAGUUAAGGAAUAGAGGGUGGAAAUUACAUUGGAAAUAGACUUUUCCCUUUUCUUCUCUCUCUGUGAUCGAAAAAUUUCCCAGUUGGAAUUAUUGUCGAAACGAAAA